AUGGACUUCAUCAUAUGUCUCUCACUAGUGGGCAGACAUUACACCAUUUUGGUCGUGAUCAACAGAUUUUUCAAAUACAGCACAUUUAUACCAAUGUGCUUUGGGUGUAAGGUAGAAGAAGUGGCAUGACUCUUCUUGACACAUAUUGUCAAGUUGUGGGAUAUUCUCCAAGAUAUAAUUUUAGAUUGUGACCCUCGUUUCAUGAGGCAAUUCUUGUCAACCUUUUUUACCUUUCUCGACAUUGAACUUUACUUUUUCACUAUUUUCAUCCACAAAUAGAUGAAUAAACAAAGAGAGUGAAUGGGAUGCUAAAGGACUACCUCAUAUAUUAUAUCACAAUGUAGUAAUUAGGUUGAUCUCCUAGAUGUAGUAAUUGGGUCGAUCUCCUAGACAUUAUCUAAUUUAUGCACAACAUUCAAUAAUAUGCAUCCACAUGACACUUGCCAUUCAAGCUUGUCAUUGGUAGGUGAUAAGUCUUCAUUAUCAUGAGUUAAUAAUUAGUAAAUAAUAUAGUUUUAGCCUUAACUCAUGACAAAUAGACUUAUAUUUGUGUUAAAGUGUGAAAAGUGGUUUUUAGUUGAUUAACGUGAAUUUUUGGCUAAUUAUGUAGUUUUAUACAAAUUUAUAAAAAUUUUACACUCUUACUUUUGAGAUAAAUGAAAAAAAAGAAAUAAAAAUAAAAAUAUAGCAAAAUGAGGGGUACUUGCCGGCCAGCCGGGCCCGCAAGUGAGUCAGAAGCACAGUCGGGGAAGAGCUGCAAGUAGGGGCUCAAGCAGCUAAGACCGAUGGAGAUGCGUGUGCGUCACUCCCCUUCUACGUCAUUGGUGGUCAAUUAGUUGUGGGGCAAGGAGUGGUUGUACACGUAGGAGGAAGGAACUUGCUUGCAAAUGUAAUAUUAUUAUAUAUUUGUCAGAAACUUCAGCGAACAAGCGAUGUGAGACUAAACCUACGUCACAUCUUCCUCAGAAAGGCUUCGAUGAUUUUAAUACAUAUAAUACCCCUUAUUUAUAAUAGGGAUAUAUCAUGAUGACGUUAAUUAAUAAGGGCAUUAGACUACUUAUGUCAAUCUCUCUCAUGCAUGCGGGCAACCGACACAAGUUUGAAUCCUCCUAGAGCCAAAACUCAUAUUUUUUAUCUAAUUAUCGCGACUUUCCUAUAAAUCGCCGAUGAAAAAUUAAGUCGCCAUAAUCGUUGGAUCAUCGGUGAAAAUCUCGUUAACGCGAUUCGUGGAGCAUUGUUACUAAAAUUAUUGAACGAUUUGUAAUAAAAGGAUUGUGAAUCCAUCGAGUAAAGUAUUUCCGAUUGAUCAACGAAUAACCCAUCAUCGUGAAGAGGAAGAUCUGCCGAGAGACGAGUCGCCACCUCCUGAGAGUGUACCGGAUGCAAUGAAGAGUCUCAUCUUGCUGUGUGGACUUGAGGAUGAAGUUCCCUAACACGUGCCCCACCUCCAUCCAACUCCUCUCCGUCAGGUGACAGCCACCGAAGAGCCGCAAAGUCGUCGUUUUUCCACUCUGUCAAGUGACAGCCACCGGAGACGAUUCGAUGACCCAUUUUAUGAAUCUCUAGACUUCGUAAGGAGAUCUAGAGAUUACCCAUGUCGUCCUUGUCCAAUGAGAGCCUUUGAGGCCGUGGACACUACACGACAAUCCUUUCAAAUGCUUAAGAUUCUAGUGCAUCGCUAACGCAUCGCCGCCGCGACGUUGGAAUUCUAUUUUCCUGCUUUCAACUUAAUGUCCGUUUCAUUUAGUAUUAAUUUGUGUGAUUUAAAUUUACCAAGAUAUACUUCAUUCAAUUACGAUUCUUUUGGCUUAUACAGAUCUUAAUUUGAUCAAUUAAAUCGUCUAUAAUCACUUAUGUAGGAAUUGCCAAAUGGAACUCUAUUUCUGCCGAUUUGCGUUCGUCAGGUGCUGACGUCAUCUUGACGUCUGCACCCUUGUUUCCCUUUUUCAUGAAUUUUAAAUAUAUUUCUUUUUUAUUUCUUAGUAUAAAAUUCAUAUUAAAUAGUAUUAUUUGAAGAAAAUUUUGAAUAGUUACUUGAUAUUAUAUUACAUCUCUAUGAUUGACCUGAAAAAUUACCGCUAUUUUAUAAGUUUUAUUAAAUUAUAAUUGAUAUAUUUGUUCAGAAAUACUUCUAAAUAUCUGAAAAUUCGUAUUUUCUAGUUUUAUAAAUUUUAAAUUUACGUGAUUUACUAUACAACGAUUAAGUCACGUCAAAUUUUGGCGCCACUAUCAAAGAUGUAUUGCAUAAUAAUUAGUAUUUUUCUAUUUUUCUCUUAGAGUACACAAAAAAUAAAACUCUUAUUUUAUUUUCUUAUUGCCGAUUUUUUUUUAAAAAAAAAGAACGAAGAAAAAUAAGGUAAGGACUGGAGCAUUGAAGGAGGGUAAUAAUUACUAAACGUUUUCCUCAAAUUUAUUGAUUUUUUAUGCAUGGUAGAAGAUCCUUACAUCAGAUGUUAGAAAAUCUUUUCAUUAUUUCAUUCAAAACUAAAAAUCCGAAAGAACAAUUAAUUUUGAUGGAUCUUGAAGGAAGUAUAGGUCAAACUGAGAAUAAUCCUAUGGCCAUGAAAAAUAAUUAUAUCCUUGAUUCAUUUCAAAGAGCAUCGAAUAUUAGAGUCCCAUUAGCACCCAUUAUUAAAUUCAAAAUAAAUUUAGGAAUUUUUCAAAUGCUCUUUAAUUUUCAUGAAUUGCCUUUAGAGGAACCUCAUCAACACUUAGAAAAAUUUUAUAUGGUCUGUGAUUUAGUUAGUCUCCCUUAAGUUACACUGAAAAUUAUUAAGAUGAAAUUAUUUCCUCAUACACUUAGGGACAAAGCUAGCCAUUGGUUAUCCACAUUAAAUAGAGAAUUAAUUAGAUGGAAAGACAUAGAAUAGACCUUUCUUCAAAAAAAUUAUCUUUUAUGAAAAACUCAAAAUAUGAGAAAAUAUAUAUAGAGCUUUUCUCAAAGAUCAGGAGAAACUUUACAUGAGAGAUGGGAAAAAUUCAAAGAUUUACUUAGAAAGUGUCCUCAUCAUGCUAUACCCAAGUGACAGUUCAAUAGAUUUUUUUAUGAUGGAUUAUUAGAACAACAUAGAAAUAUAGUUAAUUCUAUAUGUGGAGGAACUUUUAUGGAGAAAACCCCUGAUGAGAUUUACAGCCUUUAUGAAAAUUUAAGUGAAAAUUCUAGAGAUCAAGUCUCUUUUGAAUUAUAUGACAAGGAUACGAAGAGAGGAAUUUAUGAAUUACAUCAUGAUGAUGAUUUUAAUUUAAGAAAUGAGAUUAAUCAGAUUAAUCAAAGAUUAGAAAAACUAGAUUACUUAUUGAGAAUAUUAGAAAGCCUCCUAACCUUCAAUUAAAUACAUAUAGUGUAUGUCCUAUGUAUGGUGAAAAUGAUCAUUUCAAAUUUCAAUAUUUAAUUUAGAAUAAUUAUUUCAUCUUAGGUAGGAAUAAGUAACAAGUACCCAUAAUUUUAGCAAAAAUAGGAAAUAUUUUUCUAAUUCUUAUAAUCUUAAUUGGGGGAAUAAUUUUUCGUGGAGAAAUCCAAAUAAUAUUCAAAAUCUAGAAGCACUUAGAUUCAAUUCAAAUUUUGAAUUUCGUCCAAAACAAGAACACAGAUUUAAGAAAAAUCAGCCCUCUCAAAUCCAACCUGAUCCUAUGGAAAUGAUGCAGCAAAUGAGCCAAAUGAUGCAACAAACUAUGAAUCAAAUGAUGAUGCACCAAAAAUAAAUUAUAGAGACUUUUGAGAAUAGGAGAGAAGAGGGACAACCACUUAGUCAGCCCAUAGAAAAUUCAAGAAACUGUCCAAUAGUAGGAUUUCAGUCAAGAGAGUCUAAUUAGAUAAAUUUAGAAAAAAAACUCAUGAAAUGAAAAUGUUAAGACAGUGAAUACAUUGAGUGAUAAUAUUUUACCUGAUCCUUAUUUCCAAUUAUUAGAAGAAAUCAAUGAGCCAUUAGAAGUAAAUGAGAAUAUUAAGGUUGAAAAUAUAGUAGCAAGAAAUUUGAAUAAAAUCAUUUAUUACUCACAAUUGAUAAAUAAAUAUAGUGAGGAUGAUGAGGAAAAAGAGCCCUUAGAUGAAGAAAUAGUAGUUAAUCAUGGAAAAAUCAUCUAAAUUUUAGUAGAAAGGAGUAAGGACAGAAAUAAAGAAAACAUAUUUCAAGUGAGGAAAAAUCAAUUGAUUUAAGAGAUAUAGGAGAUGAAAUUAAUAAAUCAAAUCAUAAUUUUACAACCAUGGAUGUUGAUAGUGAGGAUGAUGAUGUAUAUCAUAUACCGAUAUUAGAAGAUAGCUCUUGGGAAGAUGAAGAAUUUGAUGAGUUGAGAAACGAAAAAGCUAGAAAAAGAGUUGAUUCAACUAAUAGGGAGAAAUGAAAAUAAUAAAUAUAAAUAUAGAGAUAAUUUUGGAGAAUAAAAUUUAAAUUUUACUGAAUUCAUUAGAUCUGAGAUUAAAGAAGACAAUCUUUCCAUCCUUCAAAACCCACAGCCCAUUAGAAUUAUUUCUAAGCUUGAAAUAUUUCACUCUUUACAAAUUGAACAAAUAUGUAUGGAAGAUAAAAUGGAGCAGGGGAAGAUUAUGCAGAUAAAAGAAGACAUUAAGAAAUAGGUGAGUGGAAGAAUUAGAGAUAUCAAUUUAGAUGAAAAAAUUCUAGAUUGGGUUAGAGCUAAUUUGAAAAUUAUAUGGCUUGAUCACAUUUUAUGGUCUAUUAAUAGAAAGUAUUUAUUAAUGAAUGAGAGCCUUUCAAAACAAUAUAAAAAUGAGAAAAGAUUCUUUUCAAAAUAGAAAUAUUAUUUUUGGGAAAUUUUUGUUAAUUUACAUUUUAUUUUGGUUGAAAGUAUGUCAAGAUAUAUAUAUGAAGUAUAUGAAUUUAUGUUAAAUCUGAAAAAGAAUAUCAUGAAACUUACCUUGAAAUACAAAUAUAUUUUGAUGGCCAUAAAUCAUCUUAUAUGAUCUAAGAGUUGUCCAACUAAAGACAUUAAAUUCAGCGCUACAUGGAAGGCAACCCAUGAUUUUUAUUUCAUUCUAUUUGAAUUUUUUUUUAAGUUCUAUUUUUCUUAGAAUUUCGUAGUAUUUUUUUUUGCAUUUGUUUGUUUUCGAAAAAAUACAAGAGGAGGAGUGUAAGAUGAAGUGGAAAAUUAAAAACGAGACUGAGAUGAUGUCUCUUUGAGCUUUAUCAUUUAUGACAACAUUUUUAAUACUUAACUAUGCAUACAUGCAUGUUUCACUUGAAAAUUAUACUUUCUAUAGAUUCUGUUUCAAUUUUUCUGUGUCAUUCAAGACAAUGUCAUUUUUAAGUUGGGAGGUAAAGUAUUAAUUCUUAAUUUAUGCUGUAGGAAGAUUAAGAACAUGUGUUUGCAUUUCUUUUCACGCUCACUUAGAACAACAACUAAAAAUAAAAAAAAUAAAAAUAAAAAUUCAAAAAAACUACUACAACAUUUAUUUUCUGGUUUUCUAUCAAAAAUAGUAGACAAAAAAUAACCCGAAAUUUGAAAUUCUAGAGACCUUUUUUUCACAUUUCAAUCCCCUAGACAUAUAUUACUGAAAUUCGAAAUUAUAGCUAUAAAGAAGAUAGUUUUGAUUUAUUUUUGACAAAUUGAUUAUUGCUAAAAAUUACAGUAGGCAACCAUUGACCUCCCUAGAAUUUGUGAAGCAGUGGGGUCUAGCAUACUUGCCGACAACCUACCAUUUUAUCAAGAGCCGCAACAACUUCAUUGAAGAGGCCCAAGAGGCAUUGGCCAGAGCCACCCAAUAG